ACGCGUGACGUUACUAGUUCAAAGGAGAAAUCAAGCAUGGUGGUGGUGGUAGGAGGAAGCUAACAGCACAACACAAAUGCAACAAAGUUCAAAAAAGAAAAGAACUUUGUUGGUUUUUGGAGGAAAGGAUGACUUCGAAGGACCCUGGCGUUUCUGAGCAUGCGCUAACUGAGUUGAUUUAUCGGCAUUUAAAGGAGAAUGGAUUCAAGAAAGCCGCCAGCGCGCUCAAAAAGCAUGCACCUCAGGUAGAUACUACGGAUGUGAAGGUGUCACUGGAUGAUAUAUUCAAGCAAUGGAUGAGUGAGGAACGGGAAAAGAAGAGUGUUGAGCGAAAAGCUCAGAAGAAAAGUUCAGUGCCUAAACCAGAGUCAGCCAAGAAAUCAGGACGCACCGUCAGCCCUGAGAAGAAGGUGAAAUCCGAGAUUCCAGCUGCAGCCAGACAUCAGAAAAGGAAAAAGACUGAAACCAAGACACACAAGCGUACCAGUACGGUAGAAGGCCAAACAUCAGAACUUAGCUCUAAAACUCCAACAACAGGAGAAGACUCCGACUCAGACUCCAGUCUGGAUGUUGAGAAAUGGAAGAGACUGGCCAUUAAGCUAUCAGAUGCUGACAUUGCAAAGAUGGAUGCUUUUACGAACGUUAGCACAUCUACCGCGAAAUCCAGGAAGAAGCAAAAGCCAGCACAACCUAAAAAAAAACAAGAACAAACAACAGGAAACGGCAAACCUUUACCCAAGAAGACUAGAGCUAAACCCGCCACCAGCCCCACAAAAACUGACAACGUUGGAACUCCUUUAAAGCCAACAGCUUUUAGCAUUUACGAUUUGGACAAAGUUAAAAUGCCAUCUAAUGAAGCCAUCUUUGCUGAAACUGACAUCAAGAGUCCUGAAAUUAAAAUGGCUACCAGUCUUUCAGAUCAGGUUGUGACCCCUAAGACAGGUGUAAGUAAUGGAUUCUCAGAGAGUGACAGAAUUAAGGUUAAACGCAAAAAAAAGCAUAGCAUCUCAGACUCUGAUAACGUCGAAACUCCAAGUAAAAAGGCUGAGACUGAGAAUACAGAUGAUAUCUCAGAACCUAAACCAACUGAUACUCCCUGUAAGAAAAAAACAAAGAAAGAUGUUAAAGUUUCGAAACUUGUCAUUUUAGAAACUCCUUCAUGGGUUACUGAUCCUGAGGAUGCCAUUCAAAAAUUACGAUGUAGUUCAGAUGAACUGUCUGAAUCUAACAGUUCAAAACAAUCUGAAUGCGUUGUACCUUCUAAAACGGAUGAGACUAAAGCUAAGAAGGAUAAAUCUAAAAAGGUUAAACUUGUGGAGUCUGUAGGUGUUGAUACCUCCAUAAAAGUCGUCACUGAGGAUGCCACUGGUUCUCUAGCAUCAGGCCAGUCAGAAAUAAAUCAGGUUUUAGAUUUUAACCCAGCUGAGACUCCCUGUAAGAAAGCGAAAUCUAAGAAAUCUAAGAAAUCCAAAGAACUUCAAGAACCUGGAGAUGUGGCUGUGCCUUCUGGAGAAUGUCAGAUAAAGGAUCAGACUGAGACUCUGUUACCAUCAGUUGAAGAAGAGAAAAAUGUUGUGGGGUCUGAACCGGUUGAGAAACAAUCUAAGAAAGCUAAGAAAAGCUUAUUGGAGACAAAUGAGACUGAAACCCCAUCUACGAAAAUGGAAACCCCAGCCACUACCAGCAUCUUAGAACCUCUCAGUUCAGAGAUGACACCUAAAAAGUCUAAAACCAAGAAAAGGUCAGAAGUCAAUCAGGCUGUUGUGGAUGUCGGGGAAGGUGAGGCCACGAAAAGCAGUUCUUCAAAAUCAGAUCAUACUGUUACCCCAUUAAAAAAGAGUAAAAGAAAGAGAACUGAGAGCUCUGGAGAAAACGUGACUUCUUCAGUAACUGAACAUGUGUCCAAGUCAUCACCUGAAUGUGACAAUUCAGCAGUGGACAAUAGCCUUGUAGCUGCUGGAAACAGUACCGAAAAUCAAGUCCAAGAAAGUGUUUCAGCAGUGGAGGAGGAAGGAGCUCCAGAGCCGAAGAAGAGAAAGAAAAAGAAAAAAGAGAAAAAGAAAAACGAGAGCUGUGAAAAUGUUGAAGAGAUUCCACCAACACCACCAGCAGAGGAGUUUGCAGAAUCCCUGCCAAGCAGUGAGAAGAAAAAAAAGAAGAAAAAAGCUAGAGAUGAGGAAAUACCAUCCAUAUCCACUCCUGAUCCUGAAGAACUCUCCCCAAAAAAGAAAAAGAAAUCUUCAAAGGAGAAGGAGUACGCUGACGUGUCAGAACAGGGACUCAUUUAAAAACAAAGAGCUGAUCCAGCCUGGAUAUAAGAUGGACAUAAAAAAAAAUUAUGUUAAAAUGAAAUCUCGUAAAUGCCAUCUUACAUUUGUUUAUGGUGUCUGUCUGUAACAUGUCUGUUAAUUGUUUGCGGAGAGGACAAGCUUGUCGAGAUUUUAAUUAUUUCAUGUACUUUUUUAUGUUUUAUUUUAAAAUACCGUUUAUUAUGUACAUGUCUUUUUAAUACGUGAGAUGCAGGUCCUGUCAGGUAUCGAUGCUGUUUGUUUAUAGAAGAGUAAUCAUGGAAGUAUUAAAGCAGUCCUUUAAUGAUUCAGAACUAGACUCUUAAAUACAAAUGACCUGUAAUCUCUCUACAUUUUUAUAAAUAUAAGUUUCUACUUGUAAA